GGUGGAAUAAAAAUGGCCGAAAAUGGAUCGGAGGCGGAUGUUGGAUCUCUCGAAAAUCUUACAAUAGAUGCAAUUAAUAUAGAAAUUGAAGAGCUCGAUGAUGCGGAAUAUGCGAUACCAGUUGUGGAGGAAUUACCCUCCUUAGAAAGCAUCCUCACUGAACCGGAUGGGGCUUCGCUUUCCGGAACGGAUGACGAUAUCGGCGCAGCAUCUCUGGAUAAAUUAGGAGGUAGCGAAACUGCAAGUGUGGGCAGUCUCUUAUCACUAAAUUCUCUAAAUAGGCAGAGGUACACACAGACACCUGCAUCAGGGGCAAUAUUAAGACACAUAAUUCUCAAAGGAAUAUGUGCUCAAAUCACUUCUGCUUCCGAAAGGAUCAAUGCAGGAUUAGCAAGUGCAGUAGCAGCUGGUGCAAAUAUGUUAGUUAUAGGAACUAGUCACGGUCUCGUUUUGGGUUUUGAUUCGACUCAGACUUUAAGGUGGUGUGAUCAAGAAGCUAGACAUCAAGGAUCUGUUUCCGCUUUAUGUUUUAACCAUGAUGGGAGUCGAUUAUUGGCUGGUUUUGCUAGAGGAUAUAUUCUUAUGAUAGACAGUUCCAAUGGAAAGGUACUAAGGACCCUUACAGAUGUUCAUCCACCUGGAACUGCUGUUCUUCAUGUCAAAUUUACAGAUUCGCCAAAAUUAGCCCUUUGUAGCGACAGUGGUGGCUCCGUAUUCGAAUUGAAUUUCACAAGAGUCAUGGGAGUUAGAAGCUGUGAUAGCAAACUUUUAUUUAGCGGUGCACGAGGAGAAGUUUGUACCUUCGAGCCGUUACUUCUCAACGAGCUGCCGAUUCAUCCUCUAAAAAAUUACACUCUCGUAGCAAUGGCGACAUUAUCAAAGGUGAUAAUUGUUUGCAUAAGACCACGAAUGCGAAUUGUUCUUUGUCAAGCAUUGACGGGUUCUCCUAUCGCACCGCCACAAAUUUCCUGGCAAUUAGUCGUCAUUCAAGCAGCAAAUGCGACCCGAGUUAUCGACCCAGUCCUGGCUCUCGGCAGAGAUACUGUCGUUCAUUUUUAUCAAGUUUCUGCAGAAUCCUCAAAAAGAAUAAAAUUAACUUCCCUUCGUAAAAUAGUCCUUCCAUACACGAUGAGCAAUUUGCGAUGGUUGAAUGCAAGAUCAUUGGUAAUAUUAGAUAUUCACGAAAAACUGCAUUUACUGGAUGUGAGGACGCAGGAUAAUUUAGAAACUUUGGAUGUGAGCUGCGUUGGCAUUUCCUACGCUUCAAGCCACUUUAAAGGAUUAACAACUGGAGGGAAUGUCUCCAAGGCGAUGGCUUUAGCUGGUGAGCGAGCCUGUUACAACACAAUCGUUACUUUUGGAAGCCAACUUCUGCUCUUGGGAACGAAAAGUCUCCACGCAGUUUGUAUAAGAACUUGGAUGGAAAGACUGCGUCAUCUAACAUUGCAGAGACGCUUUCCCGAAGCUUUGGCUCUGGGGCUUUCUUUUUAUCAGGACAAGGGAAAGGCCGUUGUCGGUUUGAGAGGAUCGAAGCAACGUAGAAAGCAAAUAGCCCGCGAUAAAGUCUGCCAGGUUUUAAUUCAGUAUAUGGAUGAAUUGAAUCACUCUUCAACUGGUGAAAGUGCAGAGACCGAAAUUGUCUCGACUUGUGUGGAUUACUGUGUUCAACUUGAAAACACAGAACUACUUUUUGGAAGACUCUGGGAUCUUGUUUCGGAAUCGGAAAAUCUGCAGGCGAUUUAUCUUCGGGCUCUGGAGACUCCUUUGCUUGACGGAAGUCUACUACCAAGAUUACCGCCUUCAAUUGCCCAGCAGUUUGUGGCUUUGUAUGAUCAGGAAAAUAGGAUGGAAUCUCUUCAGGGUGUUGUGAUUUUAUUGGAGGUUGAUUGCCUCGAUAUUCAUCAAGUGACAACUGUUUGCCGGGCGAGAGGAUUAUGGGAAGCCUUAAUACAUUUGCAAACAGCAGCUCUCCAGGAUUUUACAGCACCAAUUCACCAGCUGGUUCCAGUUCUUCAAAGCCAAUUAGUGAAGGCAAAGGAACCUUUGCAACGAGAAUGUAUAACUCUUGGGAACGCUCUUCUGGUCUACGCCAGUUGUUGCCUAGCAGGUCGAGAUUUUCCCAGAGGCGAUCUUCCGGAAGGUUUACCGAAAAGAGUAAAAGCCGACGUUUUAGGAGCUUUAUUAUCUCAACAUUCAAGUUUAGCCAACGACAGCGAGAGACAACAUCCGUAUCUGCGAACACUCUUGAGAUUCGACGCGAAAGGAUUCCUAGAUGUGAUAUCCAUGGCCUUCCAGGAGCCGGAAUUCACGUCGGAGAUGGGCUUGAGGCAGCGUCAGAGGAUCGUGGAUAUUUUAUUAGCAAUAGUGUUGCCCGACACUCCUCUCAAUCCAAGUAAUCCAGAUUUUUUGACUGAUGAACAAAGGGUUAUUGUUCUCGUUUUUAUUGUUAAUGAAGUGGCAGAAAACAUGGUGAGUUUAGACGGAACUGUUCUAAAUAGGAUUGUUGAUAUUCUAUCGAGCAGCUCUAAGGACAUAAGUUUGAGGGACCACAGACAGGAAAAGGAAAACGCUAUUCUCCAACUUAUACAUUCCAGAAAGCUGGCCAAUAUCUCGGAUAAUACUUUGCUCAAGUUGGCGCAACGCGCUAAUUUUCUACGAGUUUCGGAAUUGCUUUACACAGACCGAGAAGAUUGGACCUCAGUGAUUCGAUGUCUGAUAGCUGAUCCAUCCAGACAUCACGACGUCUGGUCUCGUCUUCAACUACUGCCGAUAACUUCUCUUUAUAGUGUAAUAAAAGCGCAUAUCAUAUCCCUCGUGGAAAUCGACGCAAGUCAGUUAGCGGGAAUAAUAGCCAGUAGAAUGUCCACAAAAUUGAACAAGAUUCUUGAGACACUAGAGGACCAUUCCAUUUUGCAAUACUCACUCCUAGCAGCUCUCUAUCAGCAUCUUCAGUAUAAAGAAGAGGAGAGCAAGUUGGAACUUUCGGCUGAAAUUUUAGAAAAGUAUUUAGCCUUGAUGUGUCAAGUUGAACCAGAAUACGUCGUUAGUCAUCUUCAAGGAUCCCACGGUUGUAGAUUAGACGAAGCCUUGAGAAUAGUUCAGGUCGCAAAUCACAAAGACGCUGAGGCUGUGAUGUUAGAGAAACUUGGAAAUUAUGAGGAGGCUUUCAAUCUACUUCUGAAAAGGCUUCAAGAAAAUUUAGCUCUGUGUUGCCAGACGAAUAUUUCUGAUAAGGAUGUAGUUCAAACAACGACACAAUUGGCCUCAUUAUGUAGGAGAUCUGCAGGAAGUCUCGAUUGGAUGCCACUUGUAGAAGCGGUGCUUCAUCCACAUUCCGAUAAUAAUCUUCAGAAAGUUGAGAAAUUGAGGGGGAAGCUGUUAAAAGUAGUAUUGGAAUCGUUGAGCGGAACCACAGCUCUGUCGACUGUCCUUGAACAAAUUCUAAAACAUCCACUAGCCACUAGUGGAACUAUAGGUGAUAUCAGGCAAUUGCUUACCAGUGUCCUUACGCAUUCGCGCUAUGAGCAAACUCUGGUCGAAACUACUUCCAGGCUCGUUAGUCUGGAACUUCAUGAAGCUCUCAAACGAGCUUUAAGGGAUAGUGGGAAAGGAUGUUCAAGCGAUUCUCUAAUCUGCCCAAUAUGCAGACAAAAGUUUUCACAUUGUACAAAUUACAUAGUAAUUUUUGGAUGUGGUCACGGAUAUCACGUGGAAUGUUUAGCUGAAUCAAAAGUCUGCUAUACAUGUUUAAAUACAAAAGGCUGGACACACACGCCAACAAAUUUCACACCACCAAGUCUUCGUCCCCUGGAAAGACGUCAAUUACAACCACCAGCUUUUAUGCGAAACAGGGACACGUCCCUGAGAUUAGCACCGCCUGUUCCGUGGCCAGAUCUGGAGGGUAUUUUUUAAUCUAGUCUUGAAAAGAAAAA